AUGCAGCUCUCGACGAUUCUUUUGUGGUUUCUACCCGUCGCGCUCGGAAACCUCUGCGUCGUGCCACCGUAUUCGUACACAUCUAACUCCGACCCGGCGCUUGCGACCGCGCUUUCAGUGCUCCAGCAGAGCCCGAUUGGCACGUGGGUCAACGACAAUGGCCACAACCCCGUGCCUGGCGUUCUCUCAAAAUGCGGCAACGGAGACGUCCCGAUCUUUGUGAUUUACGGACUCCCCAACAAAGACUGCGCGGCGGGCUACUCGGGCGGCGGCACCAACAAAAACACAGAGCAGUAUACGAGCUGGCUCCAAACGAUCGUGUCGGCGGUCGGAUCCCGCGAAGUCAUUUACAUUGUGGAGCCCGACGCGCUUGGGCUCCUCUCCCAGCAAGGGUGCGCCGUGAACCUCGCGUACGAAUUAAACUUGAAGACCGCCGUGACGGUCUUGAGUCAGAACACCAACGCGCACAUUUAUGUCGACGUGGCGGGCUGGGCCACCGAGUCGGUGGCGAUCUCGGUGCUCCAGACGCUCAAAUCAGCCGGCCGCCUUGCCGGCAUCUCGAUCAAUACGUCCAACUACCAGUCCAACGACGCCAUGCUUCGUGUCUGCAGCACGUACUCGAGUGCGACCGGUGGCCUCCACUGCGUCAUUGACACCUCGCGCAACUACCGCGGGUCGCCGCAAAACGAGUGGUGCAACGCCAAGUCGGCAGGUAUCGGCGCGCCGCCGACCGAUACGACCAACCAUGCGCUGGUCGACUAUUACCUCUGGCUCAAGGUACCUGGUGAGAGCGACGGACAGUGCACCGACAGCGGGCGCUCUUCGGAUGCAAUGGCGGGCCCUGGCGCCGGCCAGUUUUUCCCACAAGGGUUUACGUCGCUUUGGAACAACGGCUACUACGUCGCGCAAGGCGCUGCACCGAUCGGUGGCGCGCCGCCUCAAGCCACCGCGGCCCCCGUCCCGGCACCGCCUCCGGCAACCACGGCCCCCGAGGUGACGCCAGCACCCGAGACGACACAGACGCCUGCCUCCUCGACACCGACACCGACACCAACGACGGAUGCACCAACGACGCCGACGACAGAUGCACCAACGACACCGACAACGGACGCACCAACAUCGUCGACGACGGAGGCACCCACGUACCCGACCCAUGAAUUGGACAACGACGACGACGAGUACCCGUGCGAAAUCGACGAAAGCGACGUAGCAACGAUGCCGCCGCGCACGACACCGCCGCCGCCAACUGAAACGAAGGCUGAGAACGUGACCACGCCGGCGCCCGCGGCCGUCAACUUGGCGGCGGCGAUGCAGUCGGAUGCCGCGGUCGAGGCGCCACCGACUCUGCUCUCACCGGGUGGCACGGUUGCGAUCGCUCUCGCUGCCAUUGCGCUCGUCGCGCUCGUCGUCGUUUCCGUUUUUAGCGUGCGUCGGCAUCGCAACCGCUUUGGGGAUCGCGAUGACAAUGUCGUCGCGCUGGAUUCGACGGGCAUUGCCGUGUUGCUGUCGACUCCAGCCGCCAAACUCUAAGCAGCGCCGGCGACGAUGGACCACGCUUUUGCUUCGAUAGACGUAUUCUCUCUUUUACACUAGUAUGUGCGUAAUAUGCAGGACAAUAUUUUUCUU